AUGGAAGUGUCCAGCACAAGACAAAUACCAAUUAAAACCGUUCCGACAAGUCUUGAUGAGGUUCCUUCCCAAAGGGAUGCAUAUGGAAAUAAGUCUAGUGGCAAGAAAGUAGGUUCAUCUUCAAAUGCUAAUGCUGGAGCAUUGGUUGAUGAUAAUAAUAUUGGAGGGAGUUCUUAUGAAGAAACUUCCCCUGAAAACUGCUCAGUAGAUCAUGAAGCAGAUUUGAAGCACUCCAGAGAGAACUUAUUGGUUUCUUAUAUUUUAAUUGCUUACUUCAUUCAUCGGGACAGUUUGAUGCAUGAAGAAGAACAACUUCAUGAUGAGGAAAAGACAGGCAGUGACACCUUACAACAGGCUGGAGAAGUACUUGGCCAGAGUGCUCAAAGUGCAAUGGAUGUUGAAGUUCUUUGCAUGGAUCAUUUAAGAAAAAGUAGUGAUACUAGAGACUCCUCUUCUGAAGCUGCAACUCUAUGUAAACCAGGAAAAACCCAUGCAUUGAUAAGAGAUGAAGCUCAAGUUUUAUCAAGUGCUGAUCCUAAAGCAACAGAAACCCCUCAUUUAGGUGAUCACUUCCUUAUUUGGACUUGUCUGUUAUCCCCACCGGACCAUGGUGGUUCUAAUCAUUCUGCAAAAGUAUGGCCAGCCAAUGGUUGUACAGGUGAAAGGGGAACUGGGAGGUCUACAAAGAAACCUGAUAAAGGAAGGACUGCAAAAGAGGAGGCAUCCAAACGUGAGAAGGUCCGAGAAAUACAGAAAAUCUUCCCUCCAUGCUUUAAUCACCUGAGGAAAUGGCCACUGCCAAUAUUUGAAGAGUACGGUCGCGGCUGUAUUAUUUAA